CACUGUGGAGGACAGAAUCACAGAAGAAAAGGCUUUUGCCUCUUUGCUACAACAGAAGGCAAGAGAUAAUCCUUCUGACUCUGACUCUGCUGAUGUCCUCUCCUCUGUUCAAAGAAUCAGUACCAAGGAUGGAAUGACCUUUGCUCCUUCCCUAGAAGCAGUACCAAGGAUGGAAAGACCUUUGCUGUCCUCCACUCUCCUUUCUCUCUUGAUGAGCCUAGGCUUGGGCUGGGCAUGGAGUACCCCUGAUUGCACUAUAGCAGACAGCUCCCUCUUAUCUAACAUCUCCUACUACAUCCCAUUCUGUUCCUUGGCACCAGGACUGCACCUUUUUGCAUCAUGCUCCAAUGUUAGUGACUUGGCUCAGACCCUGACAGCACUGCCCAGGAGAUUAGACGCACUAUGCCUCCAGGGCACAGUUCCUGUCCUACCAGCUGAUGCUUUUGGGCAGUUCCCUACACUACAGCUGCUGAAGCUGCAUCUGGGCACUGUGAGAAUUACAUCUGGAGCAUUUCAAGGAUUGGACCAGCUGCAGUACCUUUUCUUUGAGCAUCCCAGUCCCUGUUGCCUGAGUCUACUCUUCCCUCCAGAUGCCCUCAAGCCCCUCAUAUUCCUCAACAGCCUUUCAUUCCAAGGCUAUUGCCUGAAUUCUAGUCAGAACAUCCAGUUGCCUCUCAGUCUUAGUCGUCUGACUCUGAGGCACAGCUGUCUGACAGAUCUGCAGGAAUUGCAAGGACUCUUCCCUAGCCUUGUGCUUGGUUCCUCUCCUACAGCCAUCUCUAGCCCAUGGCCUGCAUUCCUGGAGGUGCUAGAUCUCUCUGCCAACCCGCAGCUGAGUCGGGUUGGUGUCAAAGCUUUGCAUGGCCUCCAGCUUCAUUCUCUGAGACUGGAUGGCACCCCUCUAAGUGUAUCAGAGCUCCUUGGCUCAGGACUGCUUCACCUGAAUUCCCUCUCCCUUGUGGGUACAGGUACAGAAAAACUGCCUGGGAAUGUGACAGCCUACUUUGAGCUUUCUGCGCUCGACCUUGGGAGGAACCAAAUCCAGAACAUAGGGAAUGAGGACCUCUCAAGCUGCCGCUCCCUAGAACGCCUCAGCCUUCAUGCCAAUGGUCUGCAUUCACUGCCCACCAGAUUCUUGAGUGCCUUGCCCCAGCUUCAAAGGCUUAACCUGUCAAUGAACAAGCUGGGUCCAACCUUAGUGCUCCCAGAGGGGCUGGUCAGCUCAAGUCUGAGAGUGCUAGAUCUGUCCCACAAUGAGCUCAGUGCCCUGCCCUCUGGGGCCUUCUCUUCUCUUCCUCAACUCAAGGAGCUUUGGCUGGGUGGUAACAACAUCUCCAACUUAUCCAGUGAGGCCCUAGAGGGACUGAGGUGGCUGAAGACCCUAGAUCUGAGUUGGAACCAAAUUAAGGUGCUGAAGCCAGGCUGGCUCUCCUCCCUUCCUGCUCUCAUCUCACUGAACCUCCUGGGCACCCAUAUAGAGAAUUUCUCUGGCCUGCUGCUCCAGGGUCCCAAAAAGCUGACCCAUCUGUGGCUGGGUUCUCCUGAUAUCCUGGAGCUCUACCCUCCCUGGCCUUUGACACUGCUCAGCUUAGAGGUAUGGGCACAUACGUACGUCGAGUUUAGGGUCCCCCAAGGAGAACCCUUCCUGUUCUUGGAGAACCUUACCUUACAAGCGUCCUAUGUGUUGCUGCAACCAAGCAACAAUACAGUCCAUUUCCCUUCCCUGCGUCACCUCACCCUGCGAGGCUGCAGCCCCAUUAUUUUCUCUACCCACAAAUCCCAGGGAUUCUUCCCACAGCUGCCUUCCCUGGAGCAUCUGCACUUCUGGUCUAAUCAUGAGGGUACAGAAGGCCUACAACUGUUUGGGUUGCCCAGGCUGCGAGUGCUGGAGCUGGGGGGCCUGGACUGCCUCUCUGCAUCAAGACCAACAGAUCUGGAGGUGCUACUGGAGAAUCUGCCUCAAUUAGAAGUGCUGGCACUGAGCAACCUGAACUUUGGGAACCUCUCAAUCUCCAGCUUCAGGGGCUUGGGCCUCCUCCGGCUGCUGCUGCUGAACUCUGAAUGGGCCCUGGGGCUGGACAGCAGCCUCCAGGAAUUCAUCCCCCAGAUGCCUCAGUAUGUUUAUUUCUCAGAUGUCAUUUUCAUCUGCCAGUGUGAAAGCUCUUGGGUAGGGCCUUGGGCAACACAGGCCCCAAAUACCUUUGUGUAUGGGCUAGAGAAAUCUAUUUGCAUGGCCAAUGCCUCUGACUAUUUCAAGACUCCAUUGCUCUCUUUCCUUUCUGGUAACUGCCCAGAUAAUCUUGAGCUUCAGAGCUUUCUAACCAGCUUCACUCUGGUGCUCCUGCUGAUCAUUUUUGCUUUGCUUGGCUGCCCUAAAUGGCCCUGGCUCCACCACCUCUGGACCCUAUUUCAUGCCUGGUUGUGGAAGGUGGGUGGCUGGAACCACAGAAGCCAAUACCACUAUGAUGUCUUUAUAUCCUAUUGCAGUCAGGACCAAGACUGGGUGCUGGCAGAGCUGAUUCCUGCCCUGGAAAAGCCUCUUCCAGCUGGUGAGGGCUUGAGGUUAUGCCUACCAGAGAGGGACUUUGGGGUUGGGCAGGACAGGAUGGAAGCAAUGGCUGCCAGCAUAGACAGCAGCAAAGCCACCCUAUGCGUGCUCAGCCGCCAGGCCCUGGGCAGUCCCUGGUGCAAUCUAGAGUUAAGGCUCGCCACCUACCACUUGGUGGCCAAGCCUGGGACUACUCGCCUCCUGCUGCUCUUUCUGGAGCCUAUUGAUCGGUGGCAGCUGCGUAGCUACCACCGCCUUGCCAGGUGGCUUCAGAAGGAGGAUUACUUGGAUUUGCCCCGAAAGAGUGCAGACUUGGAAGCUUUCUGGGACCAACUUCGGAGAACGCUAAGGAAAACUGUACAAGACAGAGAGGAUUAGAGACAGCCACACAGGAAUAACCCCCAACAGGUCCCUGGAUCGCCAUCGUAUCACUGGAGGGCAGGCUCACAGAAGGGUCUGUAGGCAAUGUUUAGCUCAAGCCCAGUUGCCCACUAAAAAAAA